UUUUUUUUUUAAUUGGUAUUCUGGCACUCUGUAAUAUUGAGUUCCAUGCUUUUCCCACUAUUUCCCAAAAAUUCAAUUGACCGAUUCCCAAAGCAACCUCAUCGUAACUGAAUCAAUCCUCCGAUUCCCUCAUCAGCAUCAUCAUUAUCUCUCUCACAGAACGCACCGGAUGGCCACCGCCGUUCGCCUGAGCCGCCGCCUUGGUGCCGCGGCAAUUGCCGCCACAGCCGGAGGGGCAGUCCUUCUCUACCAGCCCACGUUAGCCGCCAACGACCGCGGUGGUGGCCCCCAGCUCGCGGCUAUUAGGCAGAAGAUCAGCGACCCGAACGCCGUCGUUCCAUCCAGAACGGUCCAGGAGUCGGCUCUAAUCGGGGCCAGCUCGGCUAACCCACUCGACGUCCUCGUGAUCGGCGGCGGGGCCACAGGAUGCGGCGUCGCCCUCGACGCGGUCACCAGGGGCCUCCGAGUCGGGCUGGUCGAGCGAGAGGAUUUCUCUUCUGGCACGUCCUCGAGGUCCACAAAGCUCAUUCAUGGAGGAGUUCGUUACUUGGAGAAAGCUGUCUUUAAUCUUGACUAUGGGCAAUUGAAGCUGGUAUUCCAUGCGCUUGAGGAACGUAAACAGGUUAUUGGGAAUGCACCACACCUAUGCCAUGCUUUACCAUGCAUGACACCGUGUUUUGACUGGUUUGAGGUAGUAUACUACUGGAUGGGCUUGAAAAUGUACGAUUUGGUCGCAGGACCACGCCUAUUGCAUUUGUCCAGAUAUUAUUCUGCACAAGAGUCCAGUGAGCUCUUCCCCACACUUGCCAGGAAGGGUAAAGAUAGAAACCUAAAGGGAACGGUGGUUUAUUAUGACGGCCAGAUGAAUGACUCACGACUUAAUGUUGGAUUGGCAUGCACUGCGGCAUUAGCUGGUGCAGCGGUGCUUAACCAUGCAGAAGUAGUAUCAUUUUUGAAAGAUGAAGUUGGCGAGCGCAUAAUUGGUGCACGGAUUCGAGACAAUUUAUCAGGCAAAGAGUUCAAUUCGUAUGCAAAAGUAAUUGUCAAUGCGGCUGGGCCAUUUUGUGAUUCUGUGAGGAAAAUGGCCAAUAAAGAUGCACGAUCUAUGAUCAGUCCUAGCAGUGGCGUGCAUAUUGUUCUUCCUGAUUACUAUUCACCUGAAGGAAUGGGUUUGAUUGUUCCUAAAACUAAGGAUGGACGUGUUGUCUUCAUGCUGCCAUGGUUGGGACGAACAGUUGCUGGAACUACAGAUUCCAACACUCCCAUCACUUUGCUUCCAGAACCACAUGAAGAUGAAAUUCAAUUUAUAUUGGACGCCAUCAGUGAUUAUCUUAAUGUUAAGGUAAGGCGAAUGGAUGUUCUUUCAGCAUGGAGUGGUAUACGCCCAUUGGCAAUGGAUCCAUCUGCCAAAAACACAGAGAGUAUCUCCAGGGAUCACGUUGUCUGCGAAGAUUAUCCUGGUUUGGUCACAAUUACGGGUGGGAAGUGGACUACAUACCGUAGCAUGGCAGAAGAUGCAGUCAAUGCAGCCAUAAAGUCUGGAAAGCUGAGCCCAGCCAGUAAUUGUUUAACUCACAACCUGCAGCUUGUUGGUGGAGAUGGAUGGGAUCCUGCAUCAUUUACAGCUCUUGCACAACAGUAUGUACGCAUGAAGAAGACUCACAGUGGAAAAGUCGUUCCUGGUGUAAUGGACACUGCAGCAGCAAAGCAUUUGUCUCGUGCAUAUGGAACUUUUGCUGACCAUGUGGCUGCCAUAGCUCAGAAUGAAAACCUGGGGAAGAGGCUUGCCCAUGGAUAUCCUUUUCUUGAGGCUGAGGUUGCAUACUGUGCUCGGAAUGAAUACUGUGAAUCUGCUGUCGAUUUCAUUGCUAGGAGAUCCCGGCUUGCUUUCCUUGACACCGAUGCAGCAGGUCGGGCAUUGCCGCGCAUAAUUGAGAUAUUGGCUACCGAGCACAAGUGGGACAAGUCAAGGCGGAAGCAAGAGUUUCAGAAGGCUACAGAAUUUUUGGGUACUUUCAAGUCAGCGAAGAAUGCUCAAUUCCGUGAUGGAAAACACAUAUAGAUCGAUAAAGAGCUGAGGAGCCCGUUUGUUUCAUUUCAUUUCAAAUUGUUGGCCACAGAUUUUCCAAUCAUAUUGUUGUGCGAGGAAGUUUGAACGGCUCUCUAUUUUUCCCCUCCUCUUUUACAUUGUGAGGCUGAGUAAAAGUUUAUACAACAGAUGGGUAUGUCACCCUUCCAGGUCACAGAUUACAUAUUUGAAAAGGAAAUUGAUUCUCUCGAGUUUGUGAUACUAUCUGCCCAAAAUAAUGUGAUUCAUAUUAAAACUGGUUGAUUCCAUA